AUGGCUCGCCAUUUCGUCCGUUCGUUUGUCAUUGCUGCGGCGCUCAGCCCCUUCGUUAAUGCUGGGCCAUGCCGCCCCUCUUCGAGCUCAGUGGCGGUCGUUACGACUAUUUCUGAGACCAGUGUCGCGACUGGUUCUGCUACGACCCACACGAAGGAGUCAAGCUUGACUGAGUCUUUGUCUGGUGCCUCAACCGAGACUUCUGUCACUGUUAGUGAGAGUGCCUCAGCCACUGGUACUUCCACUGAGACCAGCCUCACUGUUAGUGAGAACGAAUCUACCACCGAGUCGGCUUCCGCGACCUCAACUGAGACCACUCUCGCUACCAGCAAGACGGAGUCUGGUUCCACCAGCGCCGAGCAGUCGACCACCACGGGUUCUGCUAUCCCAACUGACAUUACCACUACUGCCAGUGAGAGCGACUCAUCCACCGGCACCACCCUAGCUGCCACUACCUCGACUGAGUGUACGGAGCCGGAGCCGCCUGUCUAUGAUGACCCCUUCACUCACUACACCACUGAGGAGGCCGCCGCGACUACAUCUGAAGCCGCUACCACCACCGAAGCUGUUAGCAUUGUCCCGAGAAACUUCAUUCGAAGAGGUCACCCAGAGAUAUUUGUCAGGGAUGCCACCAGUGAUGCGGCUCCCGACAACAGUGAGGAUGCUACCACUACUACCGCAGAUGCUACCUCCACUACCGAGGACGCUACAACAACUACUGGAGAAGCCACUACUUCCGGGGAAGUCACCACCUCCGGAGAAGCCACUUCUACUGGCGAGACGACUGCCACUUCUGAAGACACCACUGCCACCACUGAAGGUCCUACCACCACAACAGAAGAGGCUACCACUACUACUGAGGAGACUACCACUGCUUCCGAGACUGCUACCGGUUGCAUUAACAACAUGGAGAGACCAACACCUGAGGGUGCCGUCUGCGGAUCAAGAGGAUGGGUUCAGGGCACUUCCAACGAUUGGAGAUACUUGGGCGAAGGUCCAAAUACCUCUGUUCUCGAUUGCUACACGGCCUGCCAGCAAAAGAGUAACUGUGUGACAUUCCUUUACGAGAAAAACGCCCAGUGCAGUCUCUAUAUGGGUACUGUCACUCAGCUCAGCUCCGACCGAACUGCUGUCAAGACAUAUGAGACGCGCUGCUUCUGCGACACCGGCAUUGAGCCAGCUCCGACCUGCUCAUACAGUGAUCCAUUUUCCAACGGCGGUUUCGAGGACGGUACAUUGAAUCCGUGGGUAGAGGAUCCUAACCCUGGUGGCUAUGACCCCGUCUACUCCAAAGUCGUUCCUGGCGGCGAGGGUGGUUCGUCGUAUCAUUUCCAAACCGGCCAGUUCGAUUUCGACAAGAGCCUCUGGCUGUACCAAGACAUCGAGGCAUGCCCUGGUACCACAUUUACCUGCAGCUACAGCUGGUGGUGGAAUGAGUACUACGCCAUCCGGCAAAAUGAUGGGAGUCAUUUGGUUCCGUAUGUUCACGUUUAUCAAGGUGACACCAACCUGGUUGGGGAAAGGUGGCCUACAGGGAAGGACCAGACCAAGACGUGGGUUCCCGCCGAGUUUACUUUCACAAUGCCCAGAAGUGGCUCAACGAGAAUUUGGUUUGUUGCUAGCAGUCCCCAGGGUGAAUGGAUCAACACUAGCGAUGACCCUUGUAACCCCAACUGGGUUCACCGACCUAACUGGUUCGCACUGGACUCGGUAUCUUGCCGCAGCUAG